CGACACACUUUGUAUUUACAGCCCGAGGCUACAGCACUUUGUGUUUUCAGUACAUAUAUCUGUAUAUUUUUCCUCGCAAAAAUCCCUCCUCUGCCACCGGCUCCGUUUCUGUCUUUUUUUCCUAUGGAGACGUAACGAAACUUCCGACCGAGUUUAAUUUCUUUGCGGAAACAACUUUUGUUGCUGCAGGGAGUCCGUUUUCCCCCUUCGUCCUUAGCUGCGUUUCCGACAUGAGAUCAGGUGGAUAGUGUGUCGCCGUACCUGGGACUAAACGUCUGAUGAUAGGCUGCAGCUGCCACAGCCGCCAUCAUGUUCACCAAAAAGAAGAAGUCUCGUAUCCAGAUCUCUGCUCCAUCCAACUUUGAGCAUCGCGUACACACAGACUUUGACGAGCAAGAGCAGAAGUUUGUUGGGUUGCCGCGGCAAUGGCAGUCACUCAUCGAGGACACAGCCAAAAGGCCCAAACCCUUUAUCGACGCGACCGUCAUCACUACUGUAGAGCCACGCAAGACAAUUGUUCGUGGCAGCAAGCUUGGAGUGGACGGCUCUCUGACCUGGCUGCUGGAUGAGUUUGACACCAUGUCUGUGACCCGUUCCAACUCCCUGCGACGAGGCAGCCCGCCCAUCCAGCCUCGCAAGGACUCGAGCUCCUCAGUAGGAGGGCAGGAGAACGGAGAUCCUCACCACAGACACUACUCACACCCAGACAGAGACCGACCCAGACCCGACCACCACCAGGUUGGGGGUGACCCCCGCCAGGGUCAGCGUGCGCUCCGUCCUCCUCAGUGGGAUGAGGGAGUCCAGAGUCGGCCCCAGCAGCAGCCCCGGGGCCAAGAGCCUAGCAGAGCCCACAGGGACAGACCAGGUUCCGGCCCUCCUCCGCCCCCUCACAGGGACAGAGAGCCUCGAGACCGGGACCAGGUGGAUCAAACCACUGACCACAGGCCAAAGUCCAGCUAUAUGGUGCGGGACGGCAGCCCUCAGUCUCCCAGAGACAAGAGGCCUCUCUCUGGGCCCAACAUCCGCACCCCGAACCUGCCAGUAACAGAGGGGGUCCUGAAAACUGCCCAACAGACCACACGGCCAUUCAACACAUACCCGAGGACAGACAGUGAGGGCGGACGCAGCCCCACAGGACAGCCGGUUCGACACCAUGAAUCCUCCCCUCAAAACGGCCCUUCUAGUGGCUCCAGCCGAGCGUCCUCCGGCUCCAAGCCCCCUGUAAGUCACCCACACCCUCAUCACACCUCCCACCCCAGUCUGACCCCUGAGGCCACCCAGCACCCUCACACCCCUCACCCCAGCGUUCCAGCCCCGCGGCCCCCUGUGCCCUCUGGGCCCCCGGCAUCAGGUGCUCCGUCACAGGGCCGCUCACCACAGAGGGAGCCCCAGAGGGUCUCCCACGAGCAGUUCAGAGCGGCACUACAGAUGGUGGUGGAUCCUGGAGAUCCACGGACCUACCUGGACCACUACAUAAAGAUAGGGGAGGGGUCCACGGGGAUUGUGUGUAUUGCCACAGUGAAGACCACCGGCAAACUGGUCGCCGUGAAGAAGAUGGACCUGAGGAAACAACAGCGCAGAGAACUCCUCUUCAACGAGGUGGUGAUCAUGCGGGACUAUCACCAUGAGAACGUGGUGGAGAUGUACAACAGUUACCUGGUGGGAGAUGAGCUCUGGGUUGUCAUGGAGUUUUUGGAGGGAGGAGCUCUCACUGACAUCGUGACCCACACCAGGAUGAACGAGGAGCAGAUUGCCACAGUGUGUCUGUCUGUCCUGAAGGCGCUGUCUGUCCUCCACUCGCAGGGUGUGAUCCACAGAGACAUCAAGAGUGACUCCAUCCUCCUUACUCAUGAUGGCCGUGUAAAGCUGUCAGACUUUGGUUUCUGUGCCCAGGUGUCUAAAGAAGUGCAAAGAAGGAAGUCUCUGGUGGGAACGCCAUACUGGAUGGCACCAGAGCUCAUUUCCAGACUGCCUUAUGGACCAGAGGUGGACAUCUGGUCUCUGGGUAUCAUGGUCAUAGAGAUGGUGGACGGUGAACCGCCGUACUUCAACGAGCCGCCGCUCAAAGCCAUGAAAAUGAUCCGAGACAACCUGCCUCCCAAACUGAAGAACCUGCAUAAGGUCUCCCCGCUGCUGAAGGGCUUCCUGGACAGGAUGUUGGUUCGAGACCCGGCUCAGAGGGCCUCAGCCAGCGAGCUUCUUAAACACCCCUUCCUGACGAAGGCGGGCCCGCCGUCCUGCAUCGUCCCCCUGAUGCGGCAGAACAGGAUGAGAUGAGACAUGUGACACCAGGACCUCCAGACCAUGGAGCGCAGCAUGUGCAGGUUCAGGUGGAACAGAAUACUCCUGCACACAGAGGGGCGGCCCACAGUGGUCAGAGGUCACGGAUGAGGGGUCGGGCAAAACUGUCAGAUCUGUGAGCUGCAGAGUGUAAACUGGAUGUGCAGGAGUAUUCUUUAUUUUUUUCAUAUGUGAAUCACUGAACUGGGGUUGUAUUCCUUUAAUGAGAGGCAAUAAGAUGGUGUGUGCGUGUGUGCGUGUGUGCGUGUGUGUGUGUGUGUGUGUGUGUGUGUAAGUAAGCAAGCCUAUGUUGGCAGCACUGUUAAAUACAGUGUUUCAUGGCAUGUGUGAGAGCAGAGAAGCCACAACUUGCCUGUCGCGUGAUUUUAGCCAAUUUCAUUUAAACAUUCUCUUUUAAUUUCGGACCUGGAACGAUUGUGGCUGUUUUAUUUUUACAAUGGGACCUUUCCUGGAUUUUAAGUGUGACGGUGGAGUUUUGCACACCAGUCGGAUGCUUUGAAGGAGCCGUGAGCCCAUUGGCUGACUUUAGAGAAACACAGAGCGAUGUUCUAAUAUCACUCUUUGAUGAUCUGGAAGCAGAAUUUUGUCACUACAGAUUUCUCUCGCGGACUCAAACACUAUCCUCAUCACACCCAGAACUUACUACUGAGGGAGGAAAUCUUUUGACUCAGAUGUGAGUCAGACAGACUUUUAUUUUGUAGCCCUAUAAAUACUAACUUCCUGUUGUAAACAAGCAAACACACACUAAGUCAAAAGGUAAACACUGGAGUUGUUUUUUUUAAUUCCUCCUUAUUUUCCUGUGUAAGUACAAUGAACAUAGAGAGAUAUAUCAGUUUUGAUGUUUUGCUAUCUCUAUUUUGUGAUUGUUUUAUUAUAAUUAUUAUUAUGAUUUGUUUCAAGGUUUAUUUUAGAGAGAGAUGUGAUGAUUUUUGAAGCACUGUCGAUGAGAGAUAGAAGCUGCACUCCCGGUUGAUUCCAGCGCACAGAUAAUAGACACUAGACAUUUUAUAAUUUCUUUUAUUUUCUGACAAGACCAGAUAGGACGUACUGACUUGUUUUACAGAACUAUGAAAAGACAGCAUACAAGACACCCCCUUAAAACUGAAUGGGUAUAAAAUCCUGAUGAAGCAAAAAAAAUCAAAAAGUCUUUUUUUUUUUUUUUUUUUUUUUUUUUUACAUGUUCUCUUUUUCUUUUCCAAAGAUGUCAUUACAAGAGAUGGAAUACUUAACAUACAAAACAACCACUUUUAUAUCAAUCAGUCAUACCAGGUUACCUUGAGUUUGUGAAGAAAUUUAGUUUUUCUCACAUGCCUCCAUGGCAAAGGGAAAACAUAUUGAUUUAUUGAUUUAUUGGGGACCAUAUUAAACAAUAGCAAAACAAUAUCAAAACAUGUGUUGAAAACUUCUUUCACAACUGGUGCAGCGUAAUCAAAGUCCUGUUUAUCCAGUUAUGUGAUUAAUGCCCUCCAAUUACAUGAAUUUUCACAAAAAUCAUACCAUUUAAAACUGACAGUGGAACACGUGUGCUGUCUUGAAAGCCAGACUCUAAUGCUAAGUUUGUUUUUUUUAGUGUUUUGAAAUUAAAAAGGCCUAAACGAGACUUGGAUUACACUGCCCAAGUUGUGAGGGAGUUUGCAAACAGGUGUUUUGAUAUAGUUUUGCUGUAUUAAAGACACUACAUUUUACACAUACAAUUACAUACUGCAGCUGUAGAGAUGCACUGUACUCAAAUGGAAAAACCAUUGCCUGUGAGGCCUUGUACCAAGAGUAGGAUAUGAGCAGGAAGUACUCCAUGCUAAUUUUCUAAUAUUGUUGAUAAUAACUGCAAAGCACAGCGAGCAAUGAUUUGGAGAGAAUGACGUGACCAUGAACUAAAGUCGCUGUUACUGAUCAUUGAUGUUUUGUAGCUACACUUCUUGGAAGUUAUAAAAAAAAUGUUUAGUCAUGUUUAGUUGGACUCAUGUACAAAAUAAACAUCGCCCUCCUGCUGUUUUCAAACCGGUGUUAGGGGAGCAAAUGUAACGUGGACUCACUGUAUUUUGGAACACUUGCUGUGGUAAUUUUGCUUUGCUGCUUUAACCCUUUGAAACCUGAGCAAAUUGGCUUGAUAUCUUUGGGAAGACCGCGGCAAGCAACUUAAG